UUCUUUCCUACUGCGCAUAAUCCCCAGAUUCUCUCUUGGGUCCAAGCAGUGGUCGCUACUGAUUUAUCUCUCUGCACGGGAGUCAUUUGCUCGCGGCGACACUUCUUCGGGCAUCUCUCCAAUGGGACGCCAUUUGGCUAUCGGCGGUGAUCGUGACUUUUUCAGUAUUAAGGCUGUGCUCUACAUGUUCUUAUGGGAGCUCACCACCCAUGGCCAUUGUAGGCCAGAAGCUGGAAUUGGAGUGUAGCAUUACGUGCCUUUCCCAGACCUAUGAGUGGGUUAAUGUCACUGGUGGUGAGAGAAUUGAAGUUGAUGGAGUGACAAAGGGGGUCCUGGUCAUAUCUGAAGAUAUCACCUCAGUGGCUGAGGUUGGAGGUCAAAUGUAUGAGUGCCACUGUGCAGAAAUAUGUGAGAUGUUCAAGAUCGGAGUAAAACCAAUACCAAAACUCUACACCUCAGUCCCUGUGGCUAGAUUAGGGAGCAGUGUCAAUAUUACAUGUAUGGCUGAGAGCUACCCACCAGCCAACACUGUAGGAAACUACCUAAUGAGGCAUCCAAGAGACAAAGAUAUUGACAGACUUCUCCUUCCUGGGAAGAACGGUGUAGUCCACAUUAUAUCUGGAGCCAGUGGGAAUGAUUCUGGAGAGUAUGAGUGUACAGUGACUGUGACAUUGGAUGAGUAUUCUACACCACUGCAGAGUGACAACGUCUUUGCCAAUCUAGUUGUUUAUGACCCACCAACGAUUUUGGGUGUUAAAAACUUCACAUUAUCUGAAGUGGGCCAGUCUGCAAUUCUUGAGUGCAAUGUGAGCAAUACAGAAAAUGACUUGAAUGUGUGGGUGAAUUGGACCACCAGCAGUGGAGACAGGAAUAUUAAGGAUUGUGUCACAUUCAGAGAAGGAAAUGUAUUCUACUUACUCCUCCAUAAUGCUAGUGUUGGAGACUACACAUGUCAACUGUACUCAAACUAUUCUGCCCUUGAACCAGAGGAUGUGAAAAAUGCUUCAGUUUUGAUGAAAGAAUGUCCUCCCACUAAAGGUGGUGUCACGAAAAGAGGUGAUCGUGGGACAUCUGCUCUGACUAUUGCACUAGUGUGCCUGUCUAUUCUGACACUGCUGUUAGUUGUGUCUGUCAUAGGUCUUGUUGCGGGGCUAGUUUGUCUCUGGAGGAAACACUCAACACUCAAAUCAUCAACUUCAAUUUCUGGUGUUCGUAUGACGGAUGUCCUCGAAAGGGGAGAAUCAAAUGCUACCACCACUAGUAAUGUGGAAAGUGUACAUCCCCAGAUCUCUGUCCAGGAGUCGGUCACGGCUGAGGUAGGGUGCCAAACUGAAAGCCUACAAGAGGAGGAACCUCCAGAGGGGCAUGAUUUAUCAAGUUGCCUCAUAUCUGAACCAAAUGAACACACUGAUAUACAAACAGUGGACUCUGUCGUUAGUGUUGAAACUGAACAAAAGGUGUUAGUCAGUAGCAGUCUAUCAGACAGUCAACCUCAGCCACAGAGUCAUCUCAGUGAGAGUAGGGCAUCGGAAACCUUUGAAAGACAAUUGUCCAUUUCAGAAUCAUCGCCUCGGGAUCCUGAACAAGUUGAAAGUGAAAGCAAGUCAGUCAAAGACGAUGGAGUUUCAUUACAGCCUGACACAAGUCAACAGAAAGAAAACAAACAGGCAGGCAAGUCUGUGAAAUACGGCGAGACAUCUGAUCUCCAAGUUUCCAGUCCUUCUCAUUCAAUUUCACGGUUCUUUAUGAGGAGCCAGUCGCUGAACCCUGGAUCACCUCCAAAAGCACUCCUAACCGGCUACGAACAUAGCAGUUUGGCACGGCGUCUCAGUGAUCUACCGAGACGACCAUCCCUCUCCAGGCGCAACAAGAACCAAGAAGAGAAGGAGAGUUUGCUCCCAGACAAAGGGAAGGAUCCAAAAUUCAUAGUUGGUGGUAGUGAGGAAGAACAACACUCAGAUGAAGACUAAUUAUUAUCAUCCAUCCAUUUAGAACUCUUAUCAAGAACAUGUGUAUAAUAACAGCUCAAGCUUAACUUGCAUACUACAUACAAAAGCUGGAUGUUAGGCUGACAUUGAAAUAGGGGGUUGUAAUUCAAAACUAGCAGCAUGUGGUACUUAUGUAAAUUAGCUAUCACAUUUUUUGGUGAGCGAAUGCAAGUGCGAAAUUUGCCUUACCUAAAGCAUGGCCUUAGUGACGAUUGUGCUCGUCUAUUUGAAAUUGCACAAUUUGAUGAGACGACUAUAGGUAGGUUUGCUUUUGUUUGCCAAUGGCAGUGGAAUUUGAUGAUAUACUUGUGUGGCAUUUAU